CUUGACAUUGUGCACUCACAUGCACAUUGAAUUCAUUUUUUUUUUAACAAAAUAUUACAUCAUAUCGUUUUAAUAAUAACUCUAAGUGACUUCGUAAACAUCUCUUUACGUAAGAAAAAGAAAUCUAUAUUUGUCUCGCUCACACAUUGUCAGUGCUGAACAAAAUGGCGAGCCGUCGGUCAGCGUCUGCGCAACGCUCUAUGACUAGAAGUCGAAAAAUUCUAGCGUUGGUGCCUAAAUGCGGAGCUAAGUCUGAUGUAGAAUCUAGCGAAUCUUCGGAAGAUGAAUUCCAGAUGUGUAGACCUCAUCAAGAUAUCUCCGAAGACAGCUCCCCGGUCCGAUCAAUAGCGUCAUCCGUCGAAAAUGUAAACAUCUCCGAUUCUGAUGACUGUGAGUAUCGAGAAAUAUAUGCCGUUGCUUCUGUCCAUGAAGAACCGAGAAUCAGACAAAACACUACCGACUCUAUUUCAUACUCACCUUCUAUUCUUCAACACGAUCCUGAUAUUAUACCGCCUUCGCCAUCAGUUUAUAUUCCACCGUCACCAUCAAUAGACUCAAUCUGCAGCCCCGCAUCAUUAGCACUUGCCGCAUCUUCAGCCCCUGCCGCAGCUGCCGCAGCUACUGUACGUCUUCGGCGUUAUAAGAAAACUCCGGUAAUCGUAAAAAAAACCGUUUUGAAACCUACCAAACUGUCUCCUAAAUGGACAAAAACGAAAUUUCAAGGAUCAGCAGUUAUAGAAGAUAACAUGUUUUGCGAUUCUACUGAUAUUGAAAAAUCACCGCUUGAUUAUUUUAAGUUAUUUUUUACUGACGAUAUACUAGAACUUAUUGUAUAUCAUUCUAAUUUGUAUUCUGUGCAGAAAAAGGGCACAUCAAUUAAUAUUACCAAAGAGGAUAUUAAAGACUUCAUCGCUAUAAAUAUUUUAAUGGGUGUUGUAGAUAUGCCGGCAUACACCGAUUACUGGUCAAACGAAUUUAAAUACAGUAAAAUUGCUGACGUCAUGACGUUAAAGAAGUUUCAGUGUAUUAGACGUUACAUUCAUUUUAAUGACAACUUAAAAGAUGACGGUGACAGAUAUUACAAAAUAAGGCCACUAAUAGAAAAAGUUCGUCGUAACUGUGCGUCCAAUAUUCCUGAAGGAAAACGUUUUAGCAUCGACGAGAUGAUGGUGCCUUAUAAGGGUACUAGAGCCGGAAGCCGAAAACAAUACAUAAAGAAUAAACCCAAAAAAUGGGGCUUUAAGUUUUUCGUUCGUGCUUCACCAUCCGGCCUAGUACAUGAUUUUAUCAUUUAUGGAGGAGAAGACACUUUCAGACUCCAUACUUUUGCUGAAAAAGAAAAAAGUAUGGGUCUUGGAGCCAAGGUUGUAAUAGCUUUGGCCAAAUCAAUCAAGCAAAAACCAUGCUCCGUACUAUACUUUGACAACUUUUUUACGUCAAUUGAAUUGAUGCAUCAUCUAAGGAAUGAGUAUGGUAUAUUCUCCUUAGGUACAGUCAGGACAAAUCGGCUUCGUGGGGCAGAGAAAAAAUUACCAAGUGAUAAGGAGAUGAAAAAAAAGGGCAGGGGAGCUUUUGCACAGGUCGUGUCAAACGAACACAACAUCGCUGUUGUGAAAUGGUUCGACAACAAGUGUGUGGUAGCUGCAAGUACUUAUGUGGAUGCUCACCCUGUACAUAACAUAAUGCGAUACAAGAAAGAAGAGAAGAAAAAAGGUCUCGUCACAUGCCCAAAUUUAAUAAAGCACUAUAACGCUAAUAUGGGUGGGGUCGAUCUAGCCGACAUGUUAGUUGCUUUAUACCGUACUGAUUUAAAAGGACAUCGUUGGUAUUUAGUAUUAUUUUCUCAGAUUCUGGACAUCUGUGUCAAUAAUGCCUGGUUGCUAUAUCGUCACGAGAACAGUGGUAAACAAAAACUAUUGCAACUCAAAAAGUUUCGAGUCACUUUAUUUAGGCAACUGCGUUUUUUUGAGAGGAGUUCUAAUAUACAACCAGAUGCCAUUUCCAAAACUGAGAGAAAAAUAAAAAAGCCUGUUGCGGAGAGGCCUGAUGAUGCUACUCGUUACGACCUAACUGGACAUCUUCCUGCUUUUAUGACAAAAGGCAGAUGUAGACUAUGUACUAAACAUCAAACCAAAUUUUUUUGUCCAAAGUGUAACGCACGACUGUGUAUAGUUGAAGGGCGAAAUUGCUUUAUAGAUUUUCAUAUUAAGUAGUAUUUAAGUUUUUCACAUUGUUACAUAGUAGCAUGUGAGUAAACAUUGAUCUCAGAGCAUUAGAACUGAAUAUUGUGAUAAAUAAUAAUAUAUAGUUUAGCUUUGUUUAAAAAAAUGUCUACCUAUGUCAUAAUAUUGUAACCGUAGCAAACCUAGUUUCAAAUUGAUCUCAAAACUUGUUGAUAUUUUUCAAUUUCAAUAUUAUUUUUAUGUUAUUGUUUCUUUUUUAGUUUUUGUGAUUACAUGGCAGUGUGCAUGUAAAGACACAUAUUUUUUUGUAGGUUUUUUCUUGUGAGCUUGGCAGUGUGCACUGGAAGACACAUAAUAUAUCCUGAAAACUGAAAUUCACGGAUUUUUUAUUUUAAUUUUCCUGAUAUCCUUAUAAUCCAAUUAACACAGGGAAGUAGUAAAAGUUUAAUUUUUUAAAGGUUAAAUUCUCUGCCAAGUAUAGGGUUAAAAA